GAUUUUCAGUGUAUGCAGCACGUGUAUAAAACUGCUGAAAUAAAUAUCUUUUUAGAACUAUUUAAGUUGUCUAGUCACAAUGUCUGCAGUGGAAAUACGAGAUACCAGCUCUAAAGGAAGAGGAAUGUUUGCUGUAGUUCCGAUUAAGGCCGGCACCGUGUUAUUUGAGGAGUCUCCAUUGGUAUCCUGCCAAUUUUCUUGGAAUCGAGCUUAUGGGUAUCUCGCUUGCGAAUAUUGUCUCAGACCACUUGAAACAGCAGCAACAAAUGUCAAACGGUUGACUAAUGAUUUUACUAUAAACUUGCCAUAUCCGGAGUAUUGUUCUGUCCAGAGCCAAUAUAGCAAGCAUACGAAAUGUCCAGACUGUAUGGAAAUAUUUUGUAGUGUUGAAUGCUUACAGAACGCUCUACAUCUUUAUCACCGUGUACUCUGCUUAGGUAUAAAUCGCACUGAUGAAAGUCAUCCUAUAAAUGUCCUUGUGGAGUUUUGGAAAAAUAUUCAUUUUCCACCGGAAACGUCAAGUAUUAUGUUAUUACUGAAAAUUAUUGCAAUGUACAAGCAGCAUGAGAAUGGUUCAGAAUUGCGAGCUAUUUUCGAUGGUUUUGUCAGUCAAGCGGUUAAUAAAGACUUGAUGAUUUUUCACAAAAUGUUGGGAGAACGCUAUUCACAGCAGAUUGAUCAACUUUACAACCUCAUUUGUAUUGCAUUUGAUCCUUCCUCUGAUGAACGACUUCAAUGGUUGAGCUUGUCGGAAUUUCGAUCACUACUUGCGUUGGUAGGAACAAACGGUCAGGGAAUAGGGACGAGUUCCUUUGCAGACUGGGUUCGAAAAGUUACGAACUUGGAAAUGAAUGAAAUACAACGCGAAUCGUUAACUACAAUGAUAGACACUCUGUACGAUAAGUUGGACGAGGUGGUUGGAAGUUUUUUGAAUAACGAAGGGUCAGCUUUAUAUGUUCGUCAAAGCAAGAUCAAUCAUAGCUGUUCUCCAAACGCGGAAUGUCGUUUUCCCCAUUCCAACAAUGUGCUAUCUUUGACAACGAUUCGCGAUAUUGAUGCCGGACAAGAAAUUUGCAUAUCCUAUCUAGACGAAUGUGCAUUGGAACGUUCACGUCAUUCACGACAAAAGAUGCUUAGUGAAAAUUACUUAUUUUACUGCCAGUGUGAUAAAUGUGAAAUUCAAAUUGAAGAUCCGGAUGAAACAUCGGAAGAUGAAGAUAGCUGUGACGAUGAGGAGAAUAUCGAUGAUUAGAUGUUUGUGCUACUGUGAUUUGUACUUUUAUUUUGUUAAUGCGUAUGGUAUCUCAUAUUCCCGUUUUUUUAUUAAGAUUGUUUUGUUAUAUCAAGUGUGGAUGUUUUUCGUAUGAAAUUCAAACAGCCUGUUCUAACAAAUCGUGCAGCCAGAGAUGCCAGGUCAAUUUUACCACUUCCCUCCUAUUGGUUGGUGGGCUUGACGGUAUUGCAAACAUCAUCACAUACAAUCAAUUAGUGUUACAAUUUGAUAAAGAUAUGCGUUACAGCUUUUAGUUUCAUAAUUGAAUUAAAUGAAUAACAUAUGGAACGACUUGAAUAAGAUGUUGAUUGCAUUACGCUCCAACAUCCGGGGUUGGAGAGGCCGGUAGGGCUUAACUGAGCUCUUUUUUAUGUUUUAUUUUCAUACUACCGGCCCUUAUUACCAGUGAGAAGUGAGAAUUAAGUGGAGUAGUCGUAUCCCAAUUGGGUUUCACGCGAUGACAAUAAAUGAACGGUAAAUCGAGUCCAUCUUUAACGUUUAUUGGUGGUUUGUGUACCAUGGAAUACUGUGGAAUGAAAUAGAAUAUUGUAGAAUAGAAUGAACUAAUAAUAAUGACCGAACCAAUGAGAAAACCACUGAUAGCUGUCAAACGAUGUUCAUCCAGUUUAUAUUGUGAGGAUGUAUCGUUUGGGACCUGAUGGGUGGGAUGAUGUGUGAGUGAAGUGUAAGAGUAAGCAUGUAAGUGUAAGCAUGCAAGAAUGGUAAUAAAGGCCACCGUUUCAGCUCAGGACUAACGAUCGACCAUUAGAAGAGAUAGAAAUUGGGUAACGGUACCCCCAUUCAUCUCAAAUCCAUUAGUCAUUUCAUAUACGAGAACCACUAGUUAGAGUGAGAUCUGUUAUCUUUGUUUGAUAGAGUAAUUUCAAGAAUCUAGAAUUAAUAGUAUAAUAAUAAUAGUAAUUUCAAGAAUAUUAGAAUCUAUUAGAAUAGAAAUAGUAACUUAAUGUUGUGAUGCUUGUGGAAUACAUGUAGGUAUGUAUGCAUGUGUGUAUGCGUGUGUGCCUGUUUGUAUGUAUGUGUUUUUUGUGUGUACAAUAUACAUUAUACCAUUCCCUCGGGUGCGUUGUAUCAAAUUGGUUGUGAUGCAUUUCGAUUGUGAGUCAGUGUACACCAGAUGUUCAAAAGUGUCUGAGCGGUAAUGCUGUCAAGGAUCAACCGAAAAUAACGAAAUGUGAACAUGCUGUAGCAAUACUAACAAAACCCAAGUGGUAAUAUCAUUUAAAUAAAAACGCAUGUCCUCAGUUCUUAUCCGUCAAACCAUGGUGAGCUGCUCUACAAAGAUCAAAGAAACACUAAUUUUUUUUUUGGAAACGAAUGACUGGAUGAGGAACAAUAAAUACGAAAAAGCUGAAAGAAUUAGAAAAGAAUAUUGGAAACAACAUAACAUGCCAGCAAAAGUACGGAGUGAAAAAUGACAACAAAAACACUUACGAAUCACAGCUGAAUAGAACACUGGAAUUAAGGUAAAACAGAAUGCAAACUAUGACCAAAGGUAAGAAAACCAACAUAAAUAAAUAAUAAAAACUGUUGGGUAAUAAUAAAAUUUCCUCAUAUUGAAAGAGGCGUUUACAUGGCGCGCAUGCGCUAAUUCGGCCUGAUACAAAUUAACGGGGAGGGCAAUACAUUUUGGACAGGGCUGUAAAAAGCUGAUUGGAACCCUUUCCCCACCAAAAUGUAAUAUAAGGAAAUAUAAGGAAAUAAGGAAAUUCAAACAGCCUGUUCUAACAAAUCGUGCAGCCAGAGAUGCCAGGUCAAUUUUACCACUUCUCAUAUGGAAAGGGUAUAAUUUUCCACGAACUUAGACUAAAAUUGAAGGUCUCCAGUUUGCUAUUGAAUUUUAACGGGAUCGAACUACAGCUUCGAAAGUAAUGGGGUAGAAUGCGCAAAAAUGUGGAAAAAGUGUACUCGAUUCUAUCAGAGACCGCAUAACCGAUUUUCUUCAACUCAGAUUCAAAUAAAUGGUCCUAUAGUCCUA